AUGACGCACAUCCUGGUGCUUCUGUCCUGUGCCAGCUUCCUUGGCCUUCUUCCUGUGAGUCUUCUGGCGGAGCGCUUGGGAGGCAGCUGGCUACCUCGGUUCUUCCAAUCCGCCGGUGGCCUCUUUUCCUGGGCUCCUCCAACGGCCUUCGCGGCCUGCGGAGAUCUACAGGGCGUCUGGGAGCAGAACGUUGCAGCUUUCCGUGGCAUCCCCUACGGCACACCGCCGGUGGGAAGCCGCAGGUUUCAACCGGCCGAUCCGGCGCCUUGCUGGCCGGCAGGAACCGUUUUCGAUGCCUCGAAGAACGGGAACAUCUGCUUUCAGAGCAAAGGCGGAGGCCCCGGCGAGAGCGAGGACUGCCUCAACCUGAACGUCUUCGCUCCAGCCAAAGCGCGAAACCUGCCAGUCUUCGUGUGGAUCUACGGCGGCUCCAAUGUGCAGGGAUCGGCGAUCUCGGAAUUUUACGGGCCCAUCGAGAACAUCGUCCGCCGGAACCCCUGCGUCCUCGUGGCCAUGACGCUGGGCGAGUGA